AUGAUUAGUGAACGACAUUCAUUUACAACAACAACAGCAACAACGGUACGUUUUGCAUGUGAUCAAGCAUUAAUCGCGUCACAAGGUUAUUACUGUGAUGGGGGUAGUUGCUCAUCGGCAUCAACUAUCCCAGUUAAUUGUAGUACUACCAUCAGCCCAUCGACUUGUGUAAACAGUCUUUACAAUUCUGUAGGUUUAAAUCAAGGGCUAUUGUGUACUGAUUAUAAUGUGAUAUUAGCAAUCAGUAGCGGCGCCACUUAUAAAAAAGUCAGUCUAGCGAAUACAACCAACAUAUAUAUAGCAUAUGCAGCUGGUAAUUGGGCAGAUGAAAUCCUCGCAACGGAUUGGUCUGUGAUGACUCACAUUGACCUGACUCAAAGACCAAUUAAUACAUCUCCAGCUGAUAUAGCAAACCAUUUAACGACAUCAACCUUUGUGGCGGCUAUUAUGGUAGAGGACUUCGUCAACAACGCUAGUACUACAGCAAUGAGUUCAGUACCAUUACAAAUAUUGAUUCUUGCUUAUCCACGACCAACGGGUGCUUGUUCGAUAGCGCCAAAUAUCACCGGUGUACGUCCAAAUCGAGCAUGUAUUGGUGUUCCAAUUAAUGUUACAUUGACUGAAACUGUUAUUGCUCAAGUCUACUGUACCGGUAAUUCGAUAGUUGAGUUUUUAACCAGUACACCUAUGUAUAUGACUAAAACACUGGUAGCUCCAGUAGGUGCAUCAGCUUCUACCAGUUAUUAUAUAACAAUGACAUGGACACCUACUGCUGAUCAAUAUGGUAACAUGCAAACAUAUUCUAUCACUAAAGUUGCCUAUAUUCCGAACAUCUAUGUAGGUCCUCAAGUAUUUUGUGCAUCACCAAUUGACAAUCUGGGUCUGUCAGGUCCUCAGUACUGCAUCAAUUAUGUUGUUGGAUUGGGUAGUCCAGAUUUGAUACAAUCCACGUACAUUCAAGGUACACAAUCUCCUAUCGGUGUGGUGUUUUCAAAUCAAUCUGUAUUUAGUAUUCAAGCUAAACUUACUCAUGUAGCCUCCGAUUUCUGGAAUUUUACAAUAUGGGAUUCAACUCACUCAAGCACAUCCACGACGACAACAACGCCCGCUACAGUCGGAACUGUCACGACAAGGUCUUUAUCGACCACAACGCCAAAUCCUCUUCUAACGACCACUGGUAUUGCAGUGACAACGGGAAGUACAAUCACAACCACAAGUACAACGACUUCAACGACAACAUCGUUAAUAACAUCAACGACUACAAUUUUAUCACUAAGUCGAAUAAAUAUUCAUAUGAUUACUGUUUCAGAUGUAACCCUAUUUCAGGAUUUAACCCUGACAUAA